AGCCUCACUCCCCCCUCCCUUCACUUGGAGCCCCCUCCACCGCACACCUUCCAUCACCUCUAAUCCUGCUGUGCUCACGAAGUCCCUUACUCAUGCAACCAACCGAUUCGUUUCUAUCACCAUCCUCUUCACCAUUAUACCCAUUCACCACCAAUGCCAGCACAAGGGAGUGUGCUGGUACUACCCCCUCAUUACUAUACCCGUCGCCCCAGUACAGGUGUGCUGGCACCCCCCUAUCCCCAUCAACACUCCCCACGUCGCGGCGUGGGGACUCUCCGCCACUCAUUCGCAGUGAGCACACCACAAGAUCAGGUGUGCUCUAAUAUCCCCCUCCAUUACGGGGUGGCCAUCGCGCCACCCCAUCUUCCCAAUCCGCCUUUUAACCCCUUCAGUCCGGUCCGCACACGCCAAAGUCAUGCGUCGUGCAUGGGGGGUGGGACACCCUAUCAGGGCGCUGAUCAUUUGAUCAGCGUCGGUACGAUCAUGUUCCUGCGAGUGUGCAUACUCGUUGAUCGUACCCCUUCUGUGUAUUGGGUGGGCGUCCGUUUCGGUGAUGGUGCCCACCCAGCAGUUAAGGCUGUGAGUACCAUUUUCCCCUUGCCUCCCUGUCUCGACCAUGCUGACAUCCUUACAUAUUUAGGAAGUUCAUGUUCCCUCGGCACUACGGUGGGAUGCUUGCAUAUCUGUCUUGUGUGUCAGGGUACCGUGGCCCAAAAAACAUGAUUAUCUAUCCACUUCCAGUCAUCCUCAAUGUGUUGUUUCGAUGUUCGUUUGUAACAUAGCAAUAUUGAGUAGAAUAUAUAUAUAUGUCCUAAGUGUCCCGGAAAACAUAAGAAACUCUGGUGCAUC